AUGGUUUUGCAAGAAGAAACAUACGACGGAAGUGGCGAGCUCUCAAUGAACUUCACUUCUCGGAGGAAGAUCAGCGCCAAACGACGUGAGUCGCGACGGUGGCGGGAUCCUUUGGAAAAGGCGCUUCGACCAGAAAACAUACUACUCAAGGAAACUAACACAAGCGAAGCGAAGACGGCUGACGCUUUGUUACUGCUUGGAAGGGCCAUCGAACAGUGCGGAAUUGAGAAUGAAAUUGCUACCUUUUUGAAGAAGAAAUUUGACGAGAAGCAU